GUCCACGUAAUGUGGAUAGCGCGAGGAAAACUAGGUGGUUCGACAACUCGGAUAAGAAUCCACGUGCUAAACUACGUUCAUAGAAUCCGUCCAACAUUCAUUCAAACAGCGCCCACAGUUCUCUUCCAACCAUCACCGUCGGUUUCUGAACUUUCUGCGCUUCCCGCACCUAUAAAUUACUGCGUUUUACUUCCCCAGAUUGAUUCUCCUACUACCCAGAACCUCUGUUUUACAGUUUUAAGGAUAAAGAUCAAAGCUUUCAUGGCGCCAACUGCUGCAAUGCUGCUACUGAACCACCAUAGCAGACAGUCUCACCAUCAUCAUCAUCAUCAUUCCUCGUCGCCUCCAAAUGUGACAGUGGCUCAAGUCAAGGCAUCAGUGGAGAAAUGGGUUUCAAAUCUUAACGGCAUCCUUCAUCUCCAGCAAAGAUCGGACGCGCCGGAAAAACAGCCCACACCGGAUCGGAAAAUGGAAAGCGCCGGAAAAGCAAACUCGAAAAUGGAAAGCCAAGAAACAAUGGGAUUUUGGCUCUGAAAGUUUUUCUCAACUUUUUCAAAGAAAAUGUAUCUGUUAAUAGUUUCAUGUUAUGCCAUUUCAUUUCAUUUGUGACACUCCUUGAAUGAUAAUUGAAUAUAAAGUACAGAUUUGUUCAUAUGA